GGCCUUUGACGGAAGCGUAUGCUUAUAACGUAACGUCGGUAAAUAACAUUACCGACGUUACAUUUGUCUGGUUAUGUUAUAUGUUGUAGAGCUUGUGAUUGAAUCAUAACCUUUGAUUAUUGUCCCCGGUCCCCGGUCUUUGUGACAAUAAAAGAAAAAGUCAUAAAGUACAAUACGAGCGAUAAAUAAAAAAUGAGUCGGGGUGGCAGGCCAACCCAUAAUUUUUGGGAAAAUGGUGACUUUGAGCGACGUUCUGUAGGUGGAAAAAUGGUAGCCUACUGCAUGGUUUGUGAAAAAACUUUAACAAACUCCUCGAAAUCUAGGUUACAAACCCACAGAACAACCUGCAAUAGAGAUAAGCAUAGAUUGACAGCUUCGAAGUCAAAUGAUAUCAACGAAAAUAUGCUCAAUGCAAUCCAAAUUAACAGUAUUGACACGAUAACGGAUUCGUCAUUGGAUGAAUCGGAUCCAAGAUCUUCAAAGAUCAUCGCAAUAGGAGUCGAAAAUGCUGAACAUGUUCCCGUUAUUAUUCCUGAUCACGAAAUAUCAACUAUACUAUCUCAGGGACUGAGUGCAGAUAUUUCGUCUACGUCCAUUCUUCCAUGUGCGAAAAAACGUAAAACAUCGAAACCUCAACGAGGAUUGAAUUCAUAUUUUGAUUAUGUUUCAGAAAAAGAUAAAAUCCGUUUUGACGAGUCUGUAGCGAAAUUUUUCUAUGGAUGCAACAUCCCUUUCGACAAAGUCGAAUCCAAGGUGUUUUUGGAUUGCAUGAGAACUAUACGACCUGGGUACAAGCCACUGUCUGCGGCAGCGAUGGCAAAUCAGUUUCUCCACGAUUCUCAUGCCCAACUCGAAAAAAUCCGUUCGACUUUGUCUAAUUCCGAAGGAGUAUUGAUCCUCUUUAGGACAAAAACGGAACAGGAGUCGCACGUAGUUGCUUUCGUGCAGUCCCAAGACAAAAAAUAUAUAUAUUUGAAGACAUGGUAUGCGCAGAAAAAUGAUGACAAUUUCACAGAUAUAAUUCAUGAUGCAAUCGAUUUAUCGAGAACAAAAUUUAACAUCACGAUCUACGCCGCCAUUUCUGACAAAAAUUUGGGAUCGAUAGAUUUAAAUGGAUGCAGAACACCGUGGUCAUUGCAAUGCCAUAAGUCCUUCGCCGCAUCUGUCGAAGUCGAUCUGGUCGACUUUGAGCUUGCAGAAAAUGUACGUUACUUACUUGACGAAUUCUCAAGUAGAGAAUUGCAAGAGAAUUUAAUAGUACAUGGAGGAACAGACAUCAAAUUACGAAACUGUUCACAUUCUCAUUACUGGAAUUUAUUUUCAUCUUGUAUGAAAAACUAUGGAGCUAUGAGACAGCUAGUGGGCGACAGGGAGUGCAGAUUAAAAAAAAACGUUGUAAGCAUAUUAAUUGAGGACUCCUUCGAGGAAAAGUUGAAACAUGCUUUGGAUUUGUUGGAGCCUAUUCACUCAAUUGCACAAAAUUGCGAGCAGCAAAACACUACGAUUGCUGAUAUUGUCGAACAAUGGUUGAUGGUGGUCGAUAAUGAGAACUAUAAAUCAAUUCAAUGUCGAAUCGAAGAAGUCCUGACUCCAAUUGCCUUAACAGCAAAUCUUCUUCAUCCCAUCUACCGAGGUAAACGGUUCGCAGAAGAUGUGAUACGUAUGACAAAGACUACGGAUUUCAUGCUUGAGGAACUUGAUCCAGAUCAAAUGAACGAGUUUGGGAAUUAUAGAGAUUCGACAAAAUUAUUCAGUUCUCGUCGUUUAAAAGAAUACGAUGCACUGUCAUUCUGGCGGGUAGUUUCUUCAGUACACCCAAAGUUAUCAUCCUUUGCUAUGAAAAUCCUACAACUCCCUGUUGCUGUGCACAAAUCGAUAUCACAUCCGGCUAAUGUUAAUGACUUAACGCCUAAACAAUUUGAAAAGCUCACAGAUUUAUUUUUUAACUUAUACGUUUGA